AUGGCCGCCUCCGUAUCCUCUUACCGCAGGUGGGAGCCACUGCCCAAAAUUCUAUACGGCCUCGCAACCCAUCCCUUCUCGCCGGAUACCGACGUGCUCGAGUCCUCUGCCGGUCCGCUCGAGUCCCUCCCGCCUGACGUCGUGCACAAGCUCCACGAGAACCUCAUCGCUCUCGAGCUCGGCGACGAAGUCUACGUCUUCGAACAGCUCGGCCAUGCCGACGUCAGCUGGUACCGCGGCUAUGUCGUCUCCACCAACCGCCUACCUGUCGCCGCUGCCAGCGCCAGCAGCCUCAGCGACUACAGCACCUUCCAUGCGCUCGGAAGCAACCCAGCAACCCCGGUCACCGAAGAGCCCCAGGUCUACGUUGGCGUCUUUCCCUCGACCCACAUUCAUAUCCGCGAGCAGCUCGACGAUGCUGAAAUGCGCCUCGCCUCGGUCUACGAACAUGCCAAGGAGCUCGGCAUCGUAGGCGCAACAGCUCCUUUGCCACGCCCCAGGACUCACAUGGAGACGCUCCCCGAGCUCGACGAAUCCACCUCCCAGCCUUCCAGUCCCAACCAAUAUCCUACCUCCCAUCUCCCAUCCAUCGAUGCAGCAACCCAAGAAGUCGCUGCAAACGGCCAGAUUGUUGACCACCCGCCACCGCCUCUGCCGAGCCUCAAGUGCGGCGACGAGACCUUGUCCGGCGCACACGACCCUUUGAUCGACGAGAUUGCGUGUGCACUCCGCGAGUGGUCUGCGCUCACCUACAACUACCUCGUUCAACGCGACUAUACCCUGCUCAACAGCGUCAAGGAGCACAUCGAGAUCCUCUACAAGGCCCGCAAGCAGCUCCUCGCAAACACCCUCUCCGCGGAGGAAGUCAGCAAGCUCAGAAGGGAAUGCGUUGCCAGGCUUGUCAAGGGCAAUGUCGCUCAGGGACUCGACGUGAUUGUCCGCCACCCUAAUCGCGGUGGGCUCGUCGACUUUGACAUCAACAGCAAGGACGCUGACCCCGACAGCUGGGUCAGCGGCAUCCGUCUGUUUGCGCUUCAGGCCGCGCUCGCCUACGUCGACCACGAGAGCGACAGUUCCUCCACCACCGCUCCGGGCGGCAUGGAUCUUUCCGCUUCCAACGCUUUCGGCAUCAGCUCCCCAUCCACAGGCAACAUCGGAGCGCUUGCGGGACUUCCUGGUGAUGUCACCCGUAUGCCCGGCAUCGGUGCAAGACAAGCUUCCGUCGCAUCGAUCAAGCGCGUGGAGGACGCCUCGGCGGCAGCCAAAUACUUCCACGUCUUUAUCGACCUGCGUGCCUUUGUCGCAACCCCGUGUUCGGCCGGCGAGGUCGUCGAGCUCUACUUUUCGCUCUACAACCGUGCAGAGUCGCGCUUCCUCACCGAAGACUUCUGCAUCAUCCUCAACCAUCGCGGCGUUCCCACAAAGGACUCCACCGGCCGCAUCGACAAGAUGCGUGCCGUCUUCACCGAGCUCAGUGCAAGCGACAUGCAGGAUCUCAACGUCGUCUGCCGUAUCGUCCGCAACGGUGGCAUGCGCGUCUCCGAGAUCAAGGCCACUCCGUCCGGUGCCGCGGGGCAAGACCUGCCGCACGAUCGUGUCGACUCGUUUGCCGAUCCCACGCUCGCCAACACGCCGUCAUUCCGUCCCAAGCGCAUGGCCGGCGAUCACUCGUUCCGUAGACCCUUCGGAUGCGCCGUGCUCGAGCUCGGACAACACCAUCACUUCCAGACCGACGUCGCUAACUCCUCAUCGAUGAGGGAACACGUCAUGCCGAUCUUCGUGCCGGUCAACGAGGCGGCCUUCAGCACCCUCCACCAGGACAUCAUUGCAUCCAGGACGCGAGAGUUUGAAAAGUCGCCGCGCGCCGACAUGCUGGCGGUCAAUGUCAAGGUCUUCUACGGCGACACCGCGUCCAUCAUCCGCGAAAAUCCCUCGUUGCUCCAGGACACGCCUCCCGCCGCCCGCCUUGGGUUCCCCGAUGUGGUCUUCCCAGGAGACACUCGCAACGAGGCCUACGUCAAGCUUUGGAGCGGCGAGUUCUAUCCGUCCGGAAACAAGAUGGCAGGAGGCUCGCUUAGGAACAUCCAGGUGUCGGCCGAGGUGCGAACGAGAGACGGCAGAGUGGUGGAGGACGUCGUCUCUCGCGGUGCGGGAGAAGCGCUGGUGACCCAAUUCGACAGUCUCGUCUUCUACCACCAGAACGCGCCGACUUGGGGCGAGCUUAUCAAGCUGCAGCUGCCCCAUGACAUUAUGGAGGACUGCCACCUCUUCUUCUCGUUCCGCCAUCGCAGCUCGAAAGAGGAACGAGGAGCGCUGUCUGCGAGCAACGGCGUUUCAGCGUCGCAACAAGCGACAUCGACACCGUCUUCUUCGUCUGUCUCCAUGUCGAAGCCUUUCGCGCACGGCUACUUGCCCUUGUUCGAAUCCAACCGAGCCUUCAUCCCAGACGGAAGCCACACCCUCUUCCUCUGGCGCACCAACAGGCCACCCGCUCAGAUUGGCCCGGAUCUCUACUUCAACUUGCCUCCCGUCACUCCAGCCGGCCGUAAUCCCGGCGACGUGGUGCCACCAAGCCUGCAGGGAACCGUGCAGCCUCUGCGAGACAUCCUCACGCUGCGCACGUUCCUCGUCUCGACAAAGUAUUCUCAGAACGACGUGCUGCUCAAGCUGCUCAACUGGGAACGCUUGCUAUCCGAGGACUUCGAGGAGCUGCGCAGUGUAUUGAACAAGUUCACAUUCGUCGGCGAGGUCGAGAUCGUCAAGUUCCUGCGCGACAUCUUUGACUCGCUCUUCGGCAUUGCAACGAGCAGCCGCAACACGCACGGCGAUCUCGACGAUCUUGUCUUCAAUGGACUCGUCACCGUGCUCGGCAUCGUCCAGGAUCGCAGGUUCAACAACUUUAGGGCUACGCUCGAUGUCUACAUCGAGCAGCACUUCAAGUUCACGACGGCCCACAACAAGUUGAUCGCCUCCAUGGCCAAGCUCAUGGCGGAACCAUCGAGGCCGGAGACGUCCAAGGAUCUCAGGGCGGCCAUCAAGGUGUGGCCGUAUCUGUUCAAGUUUAUCAUUCAGAGCCGCGAGAACCAACGUGGAGAUCGGGAUGUGGGCGGCGGUGCGGUACUCGACCAUCUGGAGGCCGGCUUCAAGCGAGAGCUCGAGGGACUGCUGCGCAGUAUCAAUCAGCUCAUGAGCGCGACUACGCCGUCGUCCAUCAUCGGAACGCAAACGCUGGCGCUGCAGCACUUUGCUGGAAUCUUGCCGGAUCUCGCGCGUGUCUUCACCGCCGACGAGCUGGUGCGUACGGCCACUGCUUUUGCCGACAGCAUCUUCAUCACCAAGGGAAAGAUGGCCAUCUGGAAGCUGCUGCACAUUUUGCAGCUGACGCAGGGGCCCUUGUUCGAUGAGCAGGCGUCGCGCUCGCAAAUGAUUCCCAGCAUCGUCCGAUGGAUUGGUCCCCAUCUCGGAGCAUAUGACGAGGCGGCCCAUGCACCGUCAAAGGCGCUCGAGAACGCGCGCGACGCCGCUCGUGUAUCGUGGAUCGAGGCGGCGCGCCUGGCUAUCACCAUCCUGGCAGUGAUCCUCGAUCGUUUGCAGGUGAGUCUUGCCGCCGGCCCGAGCCCGGCAUCCAAUGGCGCUCCUCGAGCUCGAGGACGACAGGAACAGGACGACGUCGACUAUCUUCUCAGCAUGAUGCCCAAGCUGCUAGACACCUACCGCGAGCUGUCAAGCCGGGCCACCAUUCGCGCACUUGAGCGCCACCGCGCCCCUUCCACCACUCCAUCGCCGGUGCCCGUGAUCUUCCCGUCCAGCUAUCCCUUCCCGCUCGUCGCCAAACGCCCUCAAGGCCAUGCUUCGGUCGUGGACGGGCCGUCUUCGCGCCGAAAUCGCCGCCGCGACCGCACCGAGUUCCUCAACUGCGGCCUGGUCGAGAUCGCCGCGGUGCUAAUGGUGCUCAUCGUUCUGAGCCCCAGGAAGCAUCUGCUGAGCUUCUUGGACGAGGAGCGCGACAUCGGCGGCGAAGAGCGAACGGCCAAGCUGCUGCUGGACUUCUUUGAAGUUGCCACGUCGAUCUUGUCGUACGAGGCUUUCCCGAGCACGUGGCUCAACCUCAACAUCUUCAGCCACCAGAUGGUGAUGAAGAUGGCCGAUCCGCUCGCCUCGGUGAUGGUGCGUCACUACAUCCCGUCAGCGGAGCAGAGCGAGACUUUCAACACAGCGCUCUGGCGAUCGUGCCUCACCAUGCUCCUCACGCUGCUGUCGAGCGAUCAGCUGGUGAUCGAGCAAUUCAAGCCACAGAGGCGCAGAGCAGUGUGGAGGCUUGCAGGCGACAUCCGCGGCGAAGGCGCCCAGAUCUUUGCCAAAUUGUGGACUUCGAUUGGAUGGCCCGAGGCUGCGGCUGACGAUGCGGACGGCGAGCAGAUCGACCGUACGGACGAGAGGAUGAACACAGGCGGCUUCCAGGUGCAAUUCGUGCCCUCGCUUGUCGAGCCGGUGCUCGAGCUGUGUCUAUCGCACCACGACGAACUGAGGACAUGCGCUGUGCGCGUGCUCGCGACGAUGAUCACAUCCGAGUGGCAUCUCAACGGUGAUUUCAGUGUGAUCGAGGCCGAGAUCAUCGACAAGCUCGACGUGCUUUUCAUGACGCACACCAAGGGCGACGAGAUCUCGCGCGCGUUCUUUGUCGGACAACUGCGUGCGCUGUUCGACAAUCCCAACGUGGAUCCGGGGCUGCGCGAUCAGGUGGAAGCCUGCCUCGUUUCGGUCAACCGCUUCCUCGAUCUGCUGCUCAGCGUGCGCAGCUUGCCGCUAGAGGAAGGAUACGAAGACGACCGUAUCGCAGGCACGCUCAAGCUCCUCGGCUUCCUGAGGCAGGCGGAUCGCGUGUCGGCGUUCUCGACGCAUGUCCUCCGCCUUGUCAAUCUCCAUCUCGAAAACCAGAACUACGUCGAGGCGGCGCUCACUCUCAAGCUGCACGCCGACUUGCAUUCUUGGGACAUGGACAACUUCGUCGAGCCCUUCGGCGAGUUGGAUCUGCCGCGCCAGUCUCACUUUGCGCGAAAGGAGACGCUGUACAUGCUGAUCCUGGACUACCUGGGCAAGGGUCAGGCAUGGGAGAUCUCGGUGGACAUCUGUCGCGAACUCGCGCAGCAGUACGAGUUCCGCUCGGUCAACUACGUCCGGCUUGGCGAGGUGCUACACCACCAAGCUAAACUGUACCAGAGAAUCGCCACCGAGGAGCGCGCGUUCCCAUCGUACUUCCGCGUGGCGUAUUACGGGCAGGAGUGGCCGCCUUCGCUGCAAGACAAGAUGUUCGUGUACCGCGGCCAGGACUGGGAGAAGUUUGGCGCUUUCUGCGACCGGCUGCAUGCAAAGCAUCCACAGGCAACGCUGAUCAAAAGCGCCGCUGUGCCGGACGAGGAGGUGCGCCUCGCCGAAGGCCGUUUCCUCCAAGUCACUGCGGUCCAGCCAGAGCCCGACCGCACCAAGGAGAUCUUCACCAACCCGGAGGUGCCGCCCAACGUACGCACGUACCACGAAAAGUGCGGCACGGACCUAUUCUCGUUCGAGCGACCGCUGGGCAAGGCGGAUGCUGGCCAGGCAGAGCAGUGGGUGGAAAAGACGUAUCUGCGCUGCGAAGAUGCGUUCCCCACCGUGCUGCGCCGCAGCGAGAUCGCCGAGGUGUACGUGGUGGAGAUCAGCCCCCUCGAAAAGGCGCUCGAAGACGUCACGGCCAAGACGAGCGAGCUCGAGACACUGGAGAAGAAGUACCUUAGCAUCCGCAAGGUGUCCACGGGCAAGAUCAACACGAACCGUCUCUCGAUGGCGCUCAAUGGGGCGGUGGAUGCGCCGACCGAGGGCGGCAUUCCGCUGUACAAGAGCACCUUCUUUGCGCCCGAGUACGCCGCGGCGCAUGCGGACCAGCAGGCUGCGAUCGACGAGCUGCGACAGGCGAUCGAUGCGCAGGUGACGGUGCUGUUCAGGUGCAUCAGGCUGCAUGCACAGCUGUGCCCGCCCGAGAUGAAGUCGUUCCACGAGACGCUCGAGCGCUUCUUUGUGCAAAACUUUGGCGAAGAGAUCGCACAGCUCGAUUUGGAUAUCCGCAAACUGGGCGAGGCGCCGGCCAAUUCAUUCGACAGGCAAGUUGGGACAGGGGACGAGGACGGCGAGGAGAACGAGAGACGUCCGACUGAGCGCACGCUCAGCCGCGGGUUCACGCUUGGCAUGGGCGCGAUGGACCGAGCCGGAGCGGCCAACGGCUUCGCAGCUGCGCCCGAUGGCAGGCAGGAUCUGCAGCCCAAUGCGCAGUACGGCAAACGCGGCGCUGCGGCACAGUCGCCGUUGCAACGUCACAUUGCGUUCCUCACGCGCCAGGCCGAAGCUCCUGCGAACGUAGACCCGGCUCCUGCCGCCGUCGUUGCGCAGAGGAAGCUGACGGCCGACUCUUCGUAUGUCGCCGCCGCGGCGGGCGGGUAUGGAGAGACGAGUGCGGCGUCGAACAAAGUGCUCCCGCCAAUUUCAGAGGACAUGCUGGGCGGAGUGGCCAACAUGCCUUCUGCGCCACUGCCGACGAACUUUUCGAAGCACAGCCUGUCGCGCGCCGACUCGAGCUAUUCGAUCCCGGACACAGCGAGCAAGCAGGCCACGCCGCAGAAGCAGGGCCCCGGCCACAGGCUGAGCAAAUUCAUGGGCGGCGUGGGCCGCAGAAAGGCGUUCAAUGCCUAG